AUGGAUGGUCUACUGACAGCGAUCAAGACGGUCAAGCAUGACCAGCAGCCUGUCUUGUCGGCUGCCGCGGAGGAGUCGCAUCGCGAGGCUCCCUCUGACAGGCGCGACUCCCGGAAAGCCGAUCUCCCCGGGGACGCCACCUCCUCAGAGCAUAUUCUGGCUGUCCUGAAGUCCCAGCCCGAUCAGGAUGAACUCGCGACCGUUCUGGCAGUACUAGACCCCUCGAACAAGACAAUCGCUUCUAAGGACUUCGACAUCCGGGUCCCCCGCCCGGUAACGGCGCAGAUCCUCAAUGCUUUGGUGACCAUUACGAUUCCCGACCACUGGGACUUUCUAAAUACCCGAUCGAAGGCCUCCAAAUCCGGGAAUAAGAAAUCACGGUGUGCGCUGUUGAGAUGUCUCAGUAGCGUUGCGGGCAUCAGCUGCUUGGUGGCCCGGCUCCGUUCUCUCAUAACGGCCUGCCGUUCAUCGGCGCAGCAUGCGAAGUCAUCGGGUCAUAAUAUCCAGAUCAGGGACGUCCUUGCGGUCAUUUCCGCUUUGUUGGAACCGAGCGACUUCGCGUUUCGCCUGCAUGCGGAGAUUGAAGAUCUCUACAGCAAUGCGGCGCAGAAGCAAGUGGCUUGGAGAGAGCUACUCUCACUUAUCGCGGCAGGUAGAGUUCUGUCGACGGCGGCAGAAGCACUAACGUUGGUGAAUGAUCUCGAUGGAGCUUCUUCGGUCUCGUGGGUUGGAGAAGGCUCGAAGUAUGCAUCCUGGAUAGGUGCCAACGUCUGCCACAUGGCUUCUAAGAUCUCUCUCGACGGUGAAGAGGCUUGGAAAGCGUUGGCCUUGCUAACCGGCAGAUCAUUGAGUCUCGGAUAUACCGACCAACUGGUCAGAGAAAUCUACAUCGGUCUCCUCGUCCAGCAAGCCCAGUCUCAACGAUACAGCACGCUCUUUGGCCAUCUUCGGUCAACAGAGCAGGUUGCCGUGCUGGAGGCUAUCUUCCGGGAUGUUGAAAGGAAAUACUUCUCGACUGAGAUACCUGGUGACAAGACCACUAAUGCGCCAACCGAUGUGAUCAGCAGCGUGGCGGCCUUAUGUUCAGUUGUCAUCCAAGGACGGCCACAUCUGCAAACUCAACUCAUAGACUGGCUGUCUAAGGGCCAGGGUGGCUCAAUCUAUACUGUCGGGCUUCGUCGAGCAUUGCUGGCUAAUAUCGCACAGCAAGAAGACCUGAUGAAUACCUUGAUUCAGAAGAGCAUGGAUCAAUCGGGUGACAAAUUCUAUAUCAAGCAUGCCCCAAUCAGGUCGCAAGAAGCCAAUACCCAAGUGGUUCUCUUAGCAGCAGGCUACCUCCAGCGGCUCGACCCUGCAGCGAUGAUGUUCAUCGGACGCUCCGGUAUAUUUCUCAACACGGUUUCAAAUCACCUGGCGGCCUCGUCGGGCAAAGCUCGCCUCCUGGGUAUGCUGAUAGGAACAGCAAUCUCGCAACUCAUUGAGCAGCAGGGGAAGGGAAUGAAGUUCGAUCUCGAAGAGAUGGAGAGCGAUGAAUCGCUGUGGUACUUGGACCUCAUCCACGCACAUGAUACCGUUGGCACCGCCGAAUCCAUCCAGUCGUUAAAGGAACCAGCGACAAAGCUACCAGAAACCAAGAAACCAUCGCCAUCAGGGGCCAGUGAAAAAAAGAAACCCGCAAGAACUGCAAAGAUCGUUGCUAUAGAAGAGAUCGAGGACUCAGACAACGAAGAGGAAGAAGAUGAGGACCUAAUCCCAUAUGAGAAGCCCGACGAAGACCCAUCAGAUUCCGACGACGACCCAACCUUGGUCCAGCGCAACAAACCGACUCCACCAGUAUACAUCCGCGACCUGAUCAUCUACCUCCGCGACACCGACAACGUCGACCGCUACGAGCUCGCCAUAACCACCGCCCCGUCCCUCAUCCGCCGCAAGACCGGCUUUGGCACCGAACUCGCCGAGAACCUCGAAGAACUGGCUCUGGUGAUCGUCGGCUCCCAGGAGCACGGCAACAUCGCCAAAUUUCCCGAAUACCAACUCCAAAGCAUGAUCGCGCUGAUCGUUUCCCAGCCACUGAAAAUGGGCCACUGGUUCUCGGCCAUUUUCUUCGACGGCGACCUCUCGCAACCCCAGCGCUCCGCCAUCCUCACAGCUUUGGGUCUGAGUGCCCGCGAACUCGGCGGAAACGGCGAGGCCGACGCCAAAGCCCUGAAGCUGCCAGAUCUACAAAACUCAUCAUUCCCCUCGAAAAAGCUCCCUGGGAAUCUCGAAGCCCUGUAUCUUACUAAAUCGCCUAUCGCAGCUCUAACUAAACAACUUGCCCGCUCCUCGCUCGAACCCCUAGCCGCCUCCGCUACGGAUACCCUCACCGGCCCGAACGCCCUCAAAGUCCGCACCUUCUCCUCGAGAAUGGAGGUCGAGAAGAAACGCCAACAGCGCGAGUCUCAGCGGCAGAAAUCCACCAUCAAGGACCUGUAUAAAGUCCUCGCGCAGGGGUUUUUCUUCCCCCUGAAGGGCCGCUUCGAAGUCAUGAUGCUGCAAUUUUCCUCCACGACCUCCCCAUCCUACAACCCCUUCUUCACCCCGCACCUCCUCACCCUCCUCAUCCAAACCCUCUCCCUAACCCUCUCCACCAUGGGCCCCUACACGCCGUACCUCCCCACGCUCACGCACGAAACCCUGACCUUUCUGCUCUCGCUACACGCGCGACCCAUGUGCGACGACCCGCUCAUCCUCGCCGCCCUGUUGUCGCUGUUCCUCGCGAUCGUGGACCUGAACAUCGCAUCCGGCACGUCGGGCGAAGAGCGUCUGGUCACGGAGUUUGCAACCCAGACCAUGGAGCUGAGGGAGUGGGUGGGCGAGGUGUUUGAACGGACGGCGCCGGUCAGGGAUGAGAGUGAUCCGAGGGAGCAGGUAAGGACGCUGGCUGCGGGGGUCAUGGUGAGGUUGGGGGAGGUGGUCGAGAGGUAUCAGGGACGGUUGAUGGGGGUGGGAGGGGUUUUAAGUAUUGAUUUCUUUUUUUAG